GCCUAAAACCCUCGGUAGAAGGGAAUAGUAUAGGAAGUAGAAGUAUAAUCAGAGAAAAGGGAAGGAAAAUGGGAAGACGCGUUCUCUUUCAGUUACUGAGAUCUCAGUCCAGGCAGCUCCGUUCUUCCACUUUCUCCUCAGGAAGUCAUCUUCGUAGGACUGGAACAUGGGCAAACCACCUGAAUACCCGAUCCACAUUCAGUUCCAGCCUCCAUAUCAAUGUUUCCCAGAGAAGGUGGGCUUCACGGGCCUCAACAGCUGAAGACGACAGCAAGAUAAGCAUUGGCCCACGAAAAGUUCGAGAGGGCGAGGAAGAUGAGAAAGACUCCGGGAUUGUUUACUAUGGACCAAUCUCUUCCACCGUAAAGAAAGUUAAGCUUCUCUCCCUGUCAACCUGCUGUCUCUCUGUAUCUUUAGGCCCGGUCAUAACCUUCAUGACAUCACCUGACAUGAACGUGAUCCUCAAGGGUGCAGUGGCUUCUUCUGUCAUAUUCUUGAGUGCCACCACCACUGCUGCCCUUCACUGGUUUGUGAGCCCCUACAUUCACAAGCUGAAGUGGAAGCCCGGCUCGGACAGCUUCGAGGUGGAGAUGAUGUCGUGGUUGGCAACUUACAUUCCUAGGACCAUCAAGUUUUCUGAUAUUAGGCCGCCAGAGACCAAUAGACCAUUUGUGACCUUUAAGGCCAAUGGAAACUUCUACUUUGUUGACACAGAGCACUGUCAUAACAAGGCCUUGUUGGCGAGAUUGACCCCUAAGAAAGCAACUCAUGACUCAGCUUUUAAAAAUUUGUGAUCUUUUGUUGCUGCUGCUGAUGCAAGUUGCCAAGGGGGGUUCUGUCCGAGCCUUGGCUGGCAUUUUUGCUUUUCAAGAGUUUUGGUAAUGGACUUGAAGUUUGGGAAUCAAUAAUGAAACAAAUAGUGUGAGAUUACAUGUC